AGAUGAUGAUUGAUUCAUUCUGCCAGUCACUCACACGGGGCAGUAUGGUAUGGGGACGUCACGUACUACCGUAGAAACGAUUGAUUCCAUCGAUCCAUCGCAUCGAUCCCCCCCUUUCUUCGACGCUCCGCGCCGGGACUCCACCCACCCACCGGCAUCACUAUACGGUACGGUACGGUACUGGCGUCCUUGGAAACCAUGGCAGCGACAACAGCGACAACCAAAGGGUGUCGAUACAAUACAGUAACAAACCCCGAACGACAGGAGCCAAACCUUUUGUUCGCCCGUAGCUCGCACACACACACACACAAACACACUGGGACCGCAAUCGCAAUGGCAGCGUCGGCAGACGAAUCGUUCUCCUCUUCUUCCUCUUCUUCCUCGUCGUCCUCGUCCUCGUCGAAAGCAUCGGCGGUGGUGCCCGGGACAGCGGGACAAGCGCCCGAGAGGGGCACCGCCGCCGCCGCCCCCGUGACUCCCCCUUCGGAAGCGUCGCCGUCGCCGUCGCCGGAGAGGAUCCUUUCCCCCACCGACCGCGACGUCCUGUGCGGGAGGGGCAAGGGGAUCCGGUUCCACCCGGGCAACGUCCUCUUCAACAAGCUGCUGAGGGAACACUUCUCGGAGUACGGGCUGGCACCGAAGGGAUCCAAGCUGGAAAUCGUCAAGAGGAUCGUCUCGGGCAUCCGGGAGGGACAGGCCGGCGGACCCGGGGGGUUCCUGGAACACCACGCCGGCGGGGACGAACGCGAUGGCAGUGGCAGUGGCAAUGGCAAUGACAGUGGCUAUUACCUGGACAUUGGCGACGAGAGAGCCAUGAGCAAAACGGUACGAUAUUUGUGGUGGGUGUUGUGGUUCGUUCUUGCCGCCUUUGGUUCUCACGAGUCUUGGUUUUGCUUCUUUCUUUUUUUCUUUCUUUCUCUUUCGUUGUGGACACCCCGGUGUUCUUCCCGGUUCGCUUCUCAACGGCACCGGCCUCGUCGUCUUCCCAAACAACAACGAUUUAUCCAGGCCCAGGCCUUUCGGGACAUUCGGGUGACGGAAGAAAAGCGGCUCCAGACCCACCGGCACCGGUGGCACGCCGCAACGACAACCACAACAACAACGACAACAACAACGGCGGGCGGAAGGGGUUGCGGGAACCGGUCCGUGUCCUCCGAGGACGACUCGGCGGUGGCCCCCUGCCGCCCGGGGCCUUUUGGCCCGCGACAGGCGCACACGCUCUCGCUCGGCCGCCGCCGGCCCACCUUUCGGGAGCGGCUCGCCAUGCUGGACCGCCGGGAAGGGAGUCGUUGCGGGGGCAGCGGCUCGGGGGACGAUUCGGGCGGCGGCGACGAUUCGGAAAGCGGAAGGUCGUGUCGUUCGUCGGAUCGAGACGAAACCGGCGGCUCGGAGGACGUUUCCGAUACAGAGACAGAAGACAGCUUCCCCGUCUACAGGCCCAAAGACUACGGGGAUUGAGUGGUGUGUUGUGGCGUGUGCCUGCGGUUGUCCUCGUGCUCUUCUUGCCAGCUGCAGUUGAACAGUGCUCUUCUUGCCAGCCCGUUGCGCUGGAAAGCAGGAAGCGAGGACCAACCAAACGGGGGGAAUGGGGCCGAUACGAUGGACCGAUGCAAUGGCAAAUGGCACCMAUUGCAUUGCAUUGCAUUGCACGGCACGGUUUUUCUUUUCCUUGCACAGAUCGAGCUCGGGAUGACAUCCGGCACCAACGGGCCUGGGCCUUUGGGCAAGCCUUUCUCCCGCCUUACAAUUCCCUCGGGGAGUGAAGCGAACCGCACAAAAAGGAUCGAAGGAUCGAUGGAUCUCAUCUCGCUUCCGCGAGAUCCAUUUCGAGGGUCGGAAGGAAAUCCGGCAAGAACCCUCGGUAGGCACGGAACAGGAACCCGCACCGCGCCUCGCACGGAACCGCUUCGGCGAAUUGCAACGGACCCUGUUCUGUUCGUGGACGCAGGGUGGAGCACACGGCAUGGUUUUGCGACCCAGAAACACCACCCCGCGUGUGCUCCCGGUCCGCUUGUUUCUUGCAAGCAAAAGCUGGGCGCAGUACUGUAAUUCUCAGAGAAGAAAGAGGUCCCUCGCGCCCGGAUCGCUCGGGGUCCACCCGGUCGGAUCUCGGUUUCAAUUUUUAAAAAAGAAAAACGAAACGAACGCAAUGCUUCCACUCUGUGCCAGCUACGAGAGCUGCAGAUCUUUCCGAUCCUACGAUGCUGGUGGCCCUUCCUCGGGAAAGACAAAAACUAUCCACACUCGAAAUAAUGUUGUUAAUCGUUA